AUGGCCUACCCACCAGAGAAAGCAACCAUGCACCAACCCGACGAGCCCCCCGCCUACACCGAAGCAGCCUCAACGGCCAUCCUAACCCCGUCCUCUUCACGAACCUCAACCCUCACCACCACCUCCACCCCAAUAACAACCUCCUCCGUCAUCCAGAACCCCCUCCGCGGCCAGGACACAAAAUUCGCCAUGCUCUCCCUCUCGGGCUCCGACCGGCUCCGCUUCAUCCGCUUCCCCGAGUCCAUAACGGCGCUCGCAUCCGAAAUCAUCCAGGGCCUCUGGCCAAAAGGAAUCCAGCGGGUCCAGAACUACGACGAAAGCCUGGAGCUGAAACUGCGCGGGAAUCCGCUGGGGUAUGGGUACGAUGAGGAGAAGGUUGCGAUUCGGGUUACACUCAUGGGGCUGCUGAAUGCGUUUGCGAAGGAGGGGUGGAGGGUUGUUCCUGCUGGGGGGAGGGUGGGCAGGAUGGGUGAUUAUGGGGCUUUUGGGCAGAAGGAUAGUUUAAUCUUCCACUACCAGGAACCGCGCGCGUACUCGUGGCUCUGUAUCUCGUUCGACUCGGCGGAUCUGCUACACCUCAUCAACGCGCCUACAGAGCUCGCCACCGCACUGAUAGGAUACUUUGGAGACAGACUGGAGCAAUGCAACAAGGACCUGGUGUCCGGCAACUUCGAGCUAAAAUUCAAGGGGAAGCCGUGGAACAAAUCCGCCGCGAAAGGAGGCGUGCAGAGCCGAGUGCUCAUUCUGGAUCUGAUGCAGUGUCUUGAGGAGCAGAGUUAUACGAUGUGCACGACGUUUGAUAUUGAUGGGGGGAACGGGGGGAGUACGUAUCAGAGUUAUGGAGAGCUGUGGUUUUGGUAUCGAUGA